GGGUGCGCUGCAUCUAAGAACAGGCCACAGGGGACCGCAGGACCCAGCUUACAAUGCGGUCGAGACCUGACAUCACUAGUCAGCUGAUGACAGGGAGCCUGUCUGCUUCAAUGGGGGGGAGAGAGCAAUCUGCAAGUAAUGCAACAGCUGGAGGCACCCUGAUUGAAAACCACAGAGCGUCACCACAUCCUGUGGAAACCAUCAGACGUCAGAGACCAUUACAGGACAUAGAGGAGACCAAGCGGACACUGAGCGCUGGACGUGAGAUGAGGGGCUGCCUGAUCCUACUGCUCCCAGGUCUGGUCGGAGCGUUGUCUCUUGUGAUGUUCUCUCCUGGGGACACGGUGACAUUAAGCUGCUCCGAGGAAACCAACAUAACUGGAACGUUGUCACUAAUCGUAUGGAGGAAAGAAAUUGGAUCUCACAAUCUACAUUAUGCAUCAGACGGCAACAAAACUGCAUCAAACUUCACCGACCCCAGAAUCUCCUUCCUGGGCGAUCAGCGCCCCCUGGUGCUCCAGAUAAGAGACGCCCGACCGGAUGACUCUGGAAUUUAUACUUGUCAGAUUGCUACCAGUACAUUAAGAACCUUUCCUAAAUCAUGGACGCUCCAGAUAUCCGGUGGGAUUCAUGAACGACCUACUGACCACUAUGAGAUGAUAAGAUGGAUUCUCGCUGUUGGGUUUUUCACCAUUUCUUUUUCAGCGAUAACAUUUGCUACAAAGUACAAACUAAAAUGAAUCUCUGAUCCGGAUUGUUGUGUACGGAAUCAUCGCGCUGUGUGUGGUGGAUGCUACUGUUGGGCACGAAUAUUCGCAUUUGGAAUUUUUAUCGCGAAUAGCGCAAAUUCGCGAAUAUAUUUGCUAUAUAUUCGUAAUUGCGAAUAUUCGCUUUUUCCCGCAUAUGCGCAUAUUCCUUCUUUUCACUUGUGGGCCAAUUAGAAUGAUGCAAAUACACUUGUCAGAGGUUAUCAACAACAUCCCGAGCAACCAAUAGGAAAGUUACUUACUGUUUUAUUCCUUAAAUACGCAAAUAUGCAAAUAUAACGAAGACGCAAAAUUCGCGAAUAUAGGACUAAUAUUUGUCUAUAUAUUCGCGAAAUAUCGCGAAUUUGAAUAUGGGCAAUGCUGCUCAUCACUAGUGGAUGCCAGAAGAUUCCAGAAGGUUCUGGACAAGGUCAUAUCCGGACUCAUUGUAUAAUAUGUCAUAGACUGACCGCUCUGUACUCAACAUGGACGACCUGAAUCCCUAUAGAAUAAAGACGUCACAUUUACUUUACCCCAGUCUAUUAUCACUGUGCCGACCAUCUCUAUAUUAUCAACCAGGGCAGAGAUGUGGUGGCCCAGUGCAGAAUCUGUUAUUCUGGUCACCUACCCGUCCUGUGUGGCGGAUUCUAUUCCAGUGUCCCCCUGUGCCCACAUCCCUCCUGAGGACUAUAAAAUCUCAGGUCAUAUGUUGGUUAAUCUUUUGAGGUGUUUGUCACUUUAAAUCAUGUUCUUAGUAACCCUGUUGUCAAGGGGAGUAUACAAGGUGAACAGGUGGCUUGUCAGUGACCAAUGGGAUGUCUCUAAACUGUCCCCCUUAUAUACUGAGGUCAGGGUUCAGCUCUCUCUCUUGGGCUCUUGAGUCUAAGCUGAGGUACAGUGAAGUGAGGAGCUGAGGAGUCUGUGUGAUCCAGAAGGAGGCCUGAGGCUUAGUCCUGUAACCACGCCUCUACUGCAAGUUAACCCCUGCACCUGUAGUGAAAGUCAAAGCUGCAAGGAAGGAACUAAACCAGUGGGGAAACUACAGCAGGCCAAGUAGUCAGCCAGAGUCAAGCCUGUCCAUUACUAAAGUCAAGCGUGGCUGCCUCAGUCAAGUCAAUUACAACUACAAGUCCCAGCAAGCCGAUAAGCUUCCCUAAAUUCACCCUGCAUCUCCUUAGUGCCUAUCUGAGCUGUAUGAACUUUAACACCUUGCCUACCUCAGUAAAGCAUACCA